GCAGGCUGCGUGGAUCUCACUCAACUCAGCCCAAAUGACCUCAAACGGUUAACGGAUGGAUUAUAAUAUGGAUGGAUAUUUGGAUCAGCAAGUGCCUUACACUUUAGCAAAUAAGUCGCAUGGAAAUGGGCCCCUAAAUAGACUGUUGAUGGCAGCGAAAAGGAAAUACAUGGACACAGAAUUACCCCCUCAGGAAUCUGAAGACCUCUUCCAGGAUUUAAGCCAGCUCCAAGAGACAUGGCUCACAGAAGCUCAGGUUCCUGACAGCGAUGAGCAGUUUGUUCCUGAUUUCCAUUCUGAGAACUCGGUGGCAUUUCACAGCCCUCCAGUCACUAUCAAGAAGGAGCCGCAGAGCCCGGGCUCCGACCCCAGCCAGUCCUGUAGCCACAAGCAGAGCUUUAGCUACUCCAGUGGGGAGCAGUGCCUUUAUGCCAGUGCCUAUGAGCAGAAAAUGGCUCCAGGAGGAGCCAAGAGCUCCUGCCCAGGGACCCCCAUGUCCCCUAUGCAGCAGCAUUACUCCCCGAAACCUGCCACGGCCGGACGGCCCGAUGCCGGCUACAUGAACCCCGCUGCCACCUCCCAGCCGCUGCCCAGCAACAGCUACCCCAUCAACGCCAGCUCCAGGUACCAGGGCCCCUCAGGAGACCCCAUGUGUCCCCAGUUCCCGCCACCAGGCCAGGCCUUCCAGCGCAUGCCCUCCGCCCCGGCGGGUCAUGGUAGCAGUGGAGCCGGGGGAGGUCCGGGGGGUGGCGGAGGCGGAGGUGGCGCUUACCAUCGGCAGCACUCCGACCCCUGUAUGCCCUACCUGCAGCAGAGCUUUAAGCAAGAAUACCUCGACCCGCUGUAUGAGCGGGCGGCUCACAUGGCAGGGCCGGGACACGGGCACGGACCCCACCCCCAACAACAUCCCCACCCCCACCCGCAUCCACACUCACACCCGCACCAACACAGGUUCCCACCAGCCCCCAUGAUGGUGAAGCAGGAGCCCACAGACUACACCUACGAGCCUGAUGUGCCUGGCUGUCCCUCUAUAUACCACCACAACGAGGGCUACCCAAACCCCCAGCACAGCAAUGAAGGCUAUCUAUUUGAAAAUGACUCCCGUGUGGUUCCAGAGAAGUUUGAAGGUGAGGUGAAGCAGGAAGGGGGAGGAGUUUUUCGCGAGGGCGCACCUUACCAGCGCCGUGGCUCUUUGCAGCUCUGGCAGUUCCUGGUGGCCCUGCUGGACGACCCGGGUAACGUCCACUUCAUCGCCUGGACCGGCCGCGGCAUGGAGUUCAAGCUCAUCGAGCCGGAAGAGGUUGCCCGGCUGUGGGGCAUGCAGAAGAACCGUCCGGCCAUGAACUACGACAAGCUCAGUCGCUCCCUGCGCUACUACUAUGAGAAGGGAAUCAUGCAGAAGGUGGCCGGUGAACGCUACGUUUACAAGUUUGUGUGCGAGCCCGAGGCGCUCAUCUCUCUGGCCUUCCCCGACAAUCAGCGGCCCAGCCUGAAGGCCGAGUUCGAGCGCUACGUCAACGAGGAGGACACGGUGCCCCUGUCCCACCUGGACGAAGGCGGGCCCUACGCCACGGAACAAGCCCCCCAAAACAUGGGCCCCCAGCCCUACUCCAAAGGCUACAUGUACUAAAGCCACCCCCCCCUCCCUCCCCCUUCCUUCCCUCCUUCCUUUCUUCCACCUUCAGAAAAUCUUCCCGUCGUACUGACCCAUCAUCAUACACACCCUGAAAGCCCAUGCACCUCUUGCACAUGCCCACCCCAUCCACUUGUAUAUAAGGCUAUGGCGUUUUUUUGUUUUAAAUUAAUCUCAUCAUUUGGGAUUUUUUGUUUUGUUUUGUUAUGUUUUUAAGAGCUGCAUUCUACUCACAUCGGAGGCCUAUUUGAUCCAUAAACAUGACUGUGGUUGGAGAGAUUGCGUAAUAAAUACCCAUAAUAAUACACA